GCGGCGGCCCGGCGGCGGUGGCCGCAGCAGGGUGCGGGCUUAGCUGCGGCCAAGCGGGAGCCGGGACGCGCGACCGCGCUCCGGGCGGGGCGGCAGGGCCCAGCGCCGCGGACUAGGCGGCCCCACCCGUGUCACGCGGGACCUUCUCAGUGUGGAGGCCAUGCCAAAGCUUCAGGGCUUCGAGUUCUGGAGCCAGACCCUUGGGGGGGCCCGCCAUGUGGUGGCCCCCAUGGUGGACCAAAGUGAGCUGGCCUGGAGGCUGCUGAGCCGCCGCCAUGGGGCACAGCUCUGCUACACCCCCAUGCUGCAUGCUCAGGUCUUUGUCCGAGAUGCCAACUACCGGAAGGAAAACCUGUACUGCGAAGUGUGCCCUGAGGACCGGCCUCUCAUUGUGCAGUUCUGUGCCAACGACCCAGAAGUGUUUGUCCAGGCGGCUCUCCUGGCCCAGGAUCACUGUGAUGCCAUUGACCUGAACUUGGGCUGCCCGCAGAUGAUAGCCAAGAGAGGUCACUAUGGUGCCUUCCUUCAGGAGGAGUGGGACCUGCUCCAAAGAAUGAUUCUGCUAGCUCAUGAGAAACUCUCUGUUCCUGUCACAUGCAAAAUUCGUGUCUUCCCAGAGAUUGACAAGACGGUGAGAUACGCCCAGAUGUUGGAGAAAGCCGGCUGUCAGUUGCUGACUGUGCACGGACGCACCAAGGAGCAGAGGGGGCCCCUGUCAGGUGCAGCGUCCUGGGAACACAUCAAGGCUGUGCGGAAGGCUGUGACCAUCCCUGUGUUUGCCAAUGGGAACAUCCAGUGCCUGCAGGAUGUGGAGCGGUGCCUGCGGGACACAGGUGUCCAGGGAGUCAUGAGUGCAGAGGGCAAUCUGCACAACCCCGCCCUGUUUGAGGGCCGGAGCCCUGCUGUGUGGGAGCUGGCCGAGGAGUACCUGGACCUUGUGCGCCAGCACCCCUGUCCACUGUCCUACGUCCGGGCCCACCUCUUCAAGCUGUGGCACCACACGCUGCAGGUGCAUCAGCAGCUUCGAGAGGAGCUCGCCAAAGUGAAGACCCUGGAGGGCAUCGCUGCCGUGAGCCUGGAGCUGAAGCUGCGGUGUCAGGAGGAGAUGUCCAGGUGGCAGGGAGAGAAGCCCCCCAGUGACCUGCCGUUCUUCCACUGGAUCUGCCAACCCUACAUCCGGCCAGGGCCCAGGGAGGGGAGCAAGAAUGCUGGGGCUUGCAGCAAGCGGGCCCUGGAGGAGGAGGAGGGCAGCACGGAGGUCCUGUCCAAGAACAAGCAGAAGAAGCAACUGAGGAACCCCCACAAGACUUUUGACCCCUCUCUGAAACCAAAAUAUGCCAAGUGUGACCAGUGUGGAAACCCAAAAGGCAACAGAUGUGUCUUCAACCUGUGCCGUGGCUGCUGCAAGAAGCGGGCCUUCAGGGAGACUGCAGACUGCCCAGGUCAUGGGUUACUUUUUAAAACCAAAUUGGAGAAGUCUCUGGCCUGGAAAGGGGCCCAGCUCGGGCAUUAGGAGCCUCAGAAGGCCAGGCCCAGCACCCCAGCUGGCUUCUCUGAAGUACAGGCAGUACCCUGGCCUGAGGGCCAGUAGGACCUGUUCCACCCCGGGACUGCUGCUAGAGCUUGGACACGUCUUAAGGAAACGCCUUUUUCUCAGGGAAUCUCCUGCUAUUUAAUGUGGAAGGACGUGCCAAUGUCCUCCCCUUGACCCACACAGGAGCCUGGAAAUGCUGCAUCUGGGAGCAGGCUUCAGGCCGAACCUGCCCUGUCCUCACUUGUGCUCUCAAAAGUGAACAAUAAACCAUCUCAAAGGUG